AUGGAGAGGUUAGCAACCUGGUUGAUUGUCGAGAAGGACCGCAAGAACAAGGACGGCUACGGCGUGCGCAAGUGGCAGAACGUCAAGCUCUUGGACGUCUCAAAAGAUGAGAAAUCCAUCAAAGUCUCGGAUUCAGGCCACAAAGACGAUGCCAUCAUCGUCACCUCCGACUGUGUGGCUACUCUCGCUGUCAUUCCGGGCACAAUGAAAGGGGACAAGAGCGCGCAAGCAGGGAGCUACUCUGUCAACAAAGGGGAGAUUGUGCGAGUCUACCGCAUCUCUUCCGAUCGUUCCCAGCUCGAAAUUGAAUUGAGCAACGGCAAGCGUGUACAAUCCCCGCGAUCAAAGGUCGACAUCGCCGGCGGCUGGCCUUUCGUGGUCAUGCAAGAAUACAAGGCGAACGGGGAGAACCAGCUCACCGUCAAGCGCCACGAAUGGGGCAAAGUCUUUGAGGUUGAUCCGACGUGCAAGUGGGCCCGAGUCGGGAUCGCAGAUGGAAAAGUUGGCCUCAUUCCACUUUCUGUGAUGGUCAUUGGCAACGGAAGACGUUAUGGGGACUGGAAAGCUGUCGAUCACACCGUCAUCCACUCGACGGACGUCAUCCAUGUCCCUUCCUCACGACCGAAAGGGGAAACGCUACUUGAGCACGCCAUCGAAGGACUCCUGCUGGCGAUACACGACAACCGUCACAGUCUCGGUUUUACACUGUCCUCAUGGGUAGAUCCCCGCAUCGACACGAUGGAAAGGAGACGCGACUUGAUCGAUUGCAUGAUUACGGGUUACAAGAAAGCCGGUUUGUUCCACGUGUUGAAGAACGGCGAUUUCACCAUGCAAGCCAUCCUUGAUGCAGGUACCAAGAUCGAACCCAAACUGUCUGCCGCUGGCCUGUACCUUCGCUUCUACGCUGAAGUCGUCACCGCUCCACCACAAAGUGACCUUUACAUUGGUUCGAGCCAAGACAUUGAGGUCCGCAUGCAAGGUCACGACUACGCACUGUCCAACAAGAAAGGAGUACACGGGACUGCAAUGAAGUUCUGCAAAUGGCGUCGUUCGGUGCUGCUUUGUUCCAUGAAUGAAGCGAUCAAAGAGUACCGCAUCAUCGCCGAGCAAGUCAACUUUCUGCUGUUCGGAACCUACAACGACCGUUUGUUUAUGGACAGCCAAAAGUCUGUGCCACAGUCGAAUGAUGCUCUGAACAAUGUUUUGGAUGAGCUAGAUGGCACGGAGGAACCGCCAGAAGACAUCGAAGCUGACCAGGACGAGGCCGAAGCCGAGGACGAAGAAGACGAAGCGAGCACAGAGGAAGAGCAUAAGGCAGCACGGAAGGCUCAGAAAGCGAAGCAGCGAUGGCACGCUUUUAAACGAGCAGGGCGGGCCCUGAAUGCAAUUGCAGAGAAAACUUUGACUGCGAUAGGCUGGACGCCCGCGAUCCAACGUCCUUCUUUCGCUGGUUCGCGAUUCGGCAAGAUCAGAGGGCUCAAUGUUGCAAGUCCAGUCGACUCCCAAUGGUUGCAGGUGAUCUACACGAAGACGUACCUGCCACAGCAUGCACUCACCAUCUACGGCCGAACUUCGUGUAUACUGGUCAAACAAGAAAAUUCCUCGAGGAUUUGUCGGAUAGGGUCGGGAACGUAUGGAACUGGUGAAUGCGUCGAUUUCAUCUUUCCUCCCGGCGUCGGGCCGCCGCUUGGAACGAAAGUAUAUGUGAUCUUCGAGGUCACCGACAGCUACCCACAUCCAAAAAGCUGGGCCUGUUUACCAACAGUCUGCGCGUACGACGAUGCCAAGAGAGCGGCAACAUUGGCCGUUCGCGCGAUGUGGAGCUCACUGACUACUGAAGGUCAGUUUGAGACAGCGUACUGCUUUGCUGGCGGCGAAAAAGGCGGCCACAAGUACAUCAACGACGAUGCACAGCCAGGCUCAAUAACCAUUCUCGGGCGCGCCAUUGGGACUCUCAACUUUCUCCAGCGCAGUGAAAUUGUGCAAGACAAACGCUCUAUCGAUUUCCGCUAUGGUCUUGCCAAGGUUGUUGAGGUUUCGUUCGACAAUCUCCGACAAAUUCUCGAGAAGAAGCCAAUGACUGAGGUGCAGCACAUCAAAGCUGGGCAGCUACGACCGGCAGCUCAGAUCGUACAGGAGCUGACGAAUGCUGGAGCACAGAACGUUGGAGGGGAGUUUGCAAAGUUCAACACCACAAUCAAGACGAAAGGGCAUCAGAGGAAGACGUGCGAUCGAUGCUAUCUGAGUGGAAAGCGAAGCAGCAUGCGUGAUCCCGUUUAUCGUGCGGUGGACGCAUACGACGAGUGCAAACAGAAGGAAGGAACGAAUUCCUGUACUCGCUGCUAUCAAGCUGGCAUUCCUUGCACUUGGACAAAUACAGAUGUCCUGCGUGAGACAGUGGCGCUGCACCUUGCUCUCCUGCCAAAGAACCCUGACCACACGGUGCUCAAGAUCACGGACCCCAAGCAUCAGACUUUCGGCUCCUUGAUGUCCCCAGGAGCAAUGGUCGAGAAAGCAUCGCGCACCGGACCAUCUGCAAGCCAAUACACACCGCAGAAACCUUCCCCCCGCGGGCCAUCUACAAGCCAGCACACCCCAACGUCGGCCUCCCCCCAUGGACAAUCUACAGGUCAUCAAGCAGCACAGACGCCCUCGCGCGGCGGGCAAUCUACAAGCCAUCAAGCACCUCAGACACCCUCCCGGGGCGGAGCACCGACAUCCCCCUUCACGCCGGAGCAACUCCCUGACCUCCCGCCUAGCUUCACCGUCAACUCUCUAAGGAGCAGGUGGGAGAGGGAUGUGGACUGGCAAAAAGUGGAGUACUUGCACCAGAUGAUUUUGGCUGGGGUGUGGGCACAUCCCAAUCUUUCUAUCGACGAGGAUGGCGUUGCUGGUGCACAUUGGAAGACCGCAUUGGACACCAUGCGCACCACGCUCCAGGUCUACGGAGACUCAAUCUUUCCCAACAAGCAUCGCGAAAUCCGCAAGAUGCUGGACGAUCUUGCGGAUGUCGAACAGAGCACUGCGACCGGCUGGAGUACUCCGUUCGGUUCUGGUGGAAGUACCGUUUACGACAGGCUCCCCACGACCCACGAGCUCCUUCUGUACUUCAACAACCACAGAUUGACGCGAGAGCAGAUGGCGGAAGUCGGGGAAUGGGUUUACUACAUGGGCCAGUAUGUGAACAAGAAUGUCCAGCGCCAAUUGGCACAGGUUCGCCUGGCUGGUGAGAACAGAGGAUUCGAUGUGAGGGCUUGGAAGUAG